AUGUCAGCACACUUACCGCCGCGGUUUCCUUUAUCCACAAAGGGUACCCCGUACGUACCACCGCCGCCUAAUCCCAUCUCCCAUUUAGCACAUGAGGUGCCAGAGGCAGGUAGCGGUGAUGUAUCAAACACGGGAUCGAAGGGACCUCACGUGAUGCCUCCUCCCCCACUAAUUACCUCAAGCGCAGCUCUUCCUUCCAAACCCAAAACGAUGGGGUCCCCGUACGACUUUAACUCGUUUUCAGGCAACAUGGCGCCCACUGUCAAUGCACCCACAUACAAAGGGGCUAAAUCUGGUGAAGGUGAUGUUUCUACUUCCUUCACGUACUCAACAGCUGAGAACUACUCGGGCCCUCAAGCCCACCUGAAAGCGUCUUUACUUGUAGGCACGGAAAAGACUUCCCAUCACGGUUCUCCGAACAGCACACCCCUUCGUUCAGGGCCAGAAGGUGCCACUCAUCCUAUAGUUGAUUCACAAACCAAUACCCUUGAAUCCACACCGGCGUAUCAACAUCCCACACGGAUGGCCGAAGUUGCUGAGAAGCCAUCGGUUCCUGUUUUAAUUAGGAGCUCGAAUCCGCCGAUUUCCCAGCGCACAGCCGCAACACAUCCUGUUCACUCUUCGUUUGAGGAGAAGGAGCGUAAUGUUCAAGGCCUUCCCACGCGUGCUCCAGGCGUUAUGUUACCUCAUGGUACGCCGAGAUCGUGUGGUGGUUCGCAUCUUUGCCUCGAAGUUCCCCAUCUGGCCGACUCUACUCCAAGAGUGGGUAACCGCUACGCUAAUGGCUCUCCACACCACUAUGAUCAUCAACAACAACAAGAUCACGCGCUAACCGGUAAUAUUAUGUCCAAUUCUUUGGGCGGAACUGGUCACCUCAGCGGGAGCAUUUUUUCGCGAAAAAGCAGUUUAAGCUCGCAGCAGCUGAGCACAUAUCGCUCUCAUCUACUCAAGGGCGACGCUCCGGUGUCGUCGGUGGGGCCAGGUGGGCGUCAUGCCUCACAGCACGGGGGAUUCGUCCGGGGGCGCAGUCGAGGUGAGGAGUUGCUUGUUGCUGCGCUGGAACGGCGUCGAGCGAGCGCGUUGAAUGCGACUUUCACAAAAACGUCUAGGAACAGCAUUCAGGACUCUGUCGUCACGAAGGGCUUAUCAAGCGGUGCCGAUCUCGAUCCUAAUUACAUUGAUUCGAGCCCACGUGAGGAGAUGGGUUCAAGGGGUGUGCUUUUCUCAGGCUCGGCUAACAAACACAUCCAGCCAAACGUUCCCCGUCCGGUAGACCCUAACAAACGCUCUCAUCCAGCAGAUUCUGUCCCCCCUUAUGCGUGUAAUGCCGUCGCUGCAGCACGGGAGAACAUGGAUGAUUCUCUCCAAGGCCCUGCUAAACCCACACCCGAAAACGUCUUCAAUGCGCAAAAGGUUGAAGACGCACCUCAAGAAGUGCCAGAUGCCGAUAUGCUUUUCUUUUCAAACUCUAUAGUCGACCCCAGCGACGGUGCAGGGACUGUCGAGGCCCCCAUCUCGGUGGGGCAUCCCUUCCCAAAGUCGUCUAUCACCAGCAGCCCUUCGCUCAAAGAACACACUCAUGGUGAGGAUACGUGCCUCGAAAGUAAUGGUGUGCAACCGAUGAGGGGGUCAGACUUGACGAAUGCCCGCUCACCUCUCAACCUCAACACCAAUGCGAAUUGCUCAACCUCAGAUGGAGCCCGUGAUACUGGCAACACCGCUUCUUUUGAGUCCUCGAACCCCUUUAUAUCAAUGGGUUCUGUAAAGGCAACUCAAAGCAUCACUGGAAUCGUGAGAGGGAGUGAUACCAGUGCUCCCACGGGAGAUUAUAUUAUCGAUAAUACCCCUUUUAUGAGGCAGGAAACCCAAAAAUUACUACGAUCGGAAGAUGAGGAUCCAUUACCCCGACCUACUAUCUUAGGUGAGCAGAAUGAGACAUCAGUGCGUGCGGAUGAGCAUCCACUUUCUCUGCCGUCGUUUCCUCACCAACCGCAGCAAGGGCGGCGCCUGGAGCUUGAGACGCCCAGGGACGACCUACCCACAACACAUUCAGUUCAACACUCAUCUUUUCAUUUACAGCGUGUGGUAUCCGCUGAGAAACCAUCGUAUCGUCACGCAGUGUCGACUUCCCAUAGAAAUAUGAGAGUUUACGAGGAAUCUCCAGCCCCACGGUAUCCAGAAAUCAAAACAGAGAGCGAAUCCACAAUCCAAUUUAGCGAGACGCCCUCGGGAUUCAACGCAAAGUCUCCUAAUGCUGUCGACUCAGUCAUGGUGGCUUCGGCAGUGAAGGAACAGGGGGAACCUGUAGAGUACCCCAUUCAUAAUAAUGAAACUGAAGGAUUAAUGUUGAAUUUUGACAGUAGCGUGGUGGGUGCCGAAACGCACUGGGCAAAAGCCGAGGUGGAUCCUAAUGUAGAGCCGAAGUCUAACUCAGAUCUCAACGAUUUCGUAAAGGUAUCGUCCUCUGUUGAGCGUGAGGAGGGAAAGGCGCUUUCCCAAUCGGCUCUCGCCCCUCUUAGUAGAAAGGUAGUAGAACACAAACCAACUCUUGCUGUCCACAUGACGGAGGAUUUAUCACAAGACACACGCGAACAGAUUCUAAUACCCAAGGUGUGUGAUCCACCAAAACCACCCGUAUCUUUAGCGCCUCACACUUCAGAAGCUCAGGUAACACAACCAGACGAGAUUGCAGCAUCCACAGGGACUUGCACAUCAGCGAUAGCCCCGAAUAAGAAGAAUAAUUCUUUCACAUUGGCAUCCAUCAUUAGCCGUACGGAGGGGCAGCCCCUCUUCAAUCAUCAGCCGUUAACGGUACAAGAAGAAAAGCAGGAGGCACCGGGGAUUGACACUAUGGUGAAUCCUUUUGCGAUCUCCAACUCUCACGUGGCCGUGAGCCCCGCUAGUUCGGCACAUCUGGACUCCUCCUCACGACUCCGACCGCGCAGGCCGCACGCUCCGUGUUUUGCUCUGUUCCAUCCCAAGCACGGUGGAAUUGUGGCUGUGUUCAACCAGCCUGUGGAAUUGACAAAAGGCGGGGUGCCGUUGAGAUUGACAAAGCGGUCCCCAGAAAGGAGUUCCCUGCAAGGCGUGGACGACGUCAUGUCUAGCAGAAAUACCCAAAAGAAGAAGGACUUUACGCGCAGUCAUCUUGUUUUCUGCAGGCUAUCGGAUGCCAUGUCUCGCUUCAAUCCCUCAGGGAAGCAAAAUGUUGUCAAAGGAACGGAAGCUGGACGUCGCUACGUUGCUUCACUGGAAGCUGUGGCGCUUUCUCCUUUUUUUGCGUCUGACGGUGUGUCUCCCUUACAGGACUUCAAUAAUGAAAAAUCUCAGGAACUUCUCAGCAUUCUCCAGCAAAAUGAGCACAUUCCGCUGACACGAGUCCUAACGAUAAUGCUAGCGGACGCUUUGGCGCACAAUGAGCACGCGUUUGUGUGGUCCAAGGGCGGAGACAAGGAGUUGGUGCAUCUGCUGAUGAAUGACGAUUCAGCGAUUUCUUCGUUGUGUGACUCCCGCGGCGUGGAUGGUACGGGGGCUGGCUAUGUGGAGUUGCUUCCUCAAAAAAACUCCCACCCAUCGGUUAAUUCUCAAGAGGGCCUAAACAAGGUUCAACAGCUGCUUUGUGAGGGGAACCGCGAAGGCGCAGUUGAUGUCGCCUUGGAACAUCAUCUUUUUCUGCACGCUGUCCUCAUCGCGAUGAUGUGCCCUACCAAGGAGCACUACAUGAAGACCAUCCAAAAGGUGGUGUGUAUGGAGCUCCAGCCUCAUUCACCCCUGGCUCACGCGUACUGCUUGUUCAAUGAGAUGCCUCUUCCCCCUUUCGCGCCAUAUCCCACGGCUCACGCGAAGGAAUCUGACCAUGACCCGUCCACCGAAGGUAUUAAGUGUGAACAGUCUGCUAAUACUCUCCCCGGGCACUCGAAAGAAUCACAGUUACCGAAAUUGCUGUUAAGCGCGUCAGAACCCCCGCUUACGAUGGCAGCGGCAAGGCGGCAGAACCGAGAUUACUUGAAAAGCAGCUGGCUCCAGCAGGCCGCCAUGCUAAUCGCAAACUUUACCAGGCACAGUGGGGAUGGUCUCCUGCAACUCGGCAAUACGCUGGAGCAGGUUGGCCUGAUUCUCGAGGCACAUACGUGUUUUCUCCUGGGACAUCUGUGCCCCUUGGGGAUGGCCAAAGGAGGGAAACUGACGAAGCCGGAGACGGAUGCCUUCCGGAACCAGCUCCGAUCCCGUUUGAGUGUUUUAGGUGGGGUUUACGCCUCGAACGUGUCCGGGCGUGCCGCCUUUCUAACCCCGACAUCCACUCUUUUGACUGACCUUCUUCAAGAGGUUCGCUGCCACUUGGAUCAGCGCUUCCCACCUCCGCUCCCAGAGAGCCAACUGCCGGACGGGGGCGAGGGCACCCCAACCCCUUUACUACCAUGCCACGGCCUGCCAAUGCGUCCGUUCCGAUACGCGGUAGCAUUCCACUUCAUGCAAAUCCUGUGGCUGCGGGAGGUUGGAAUGCUUUUGGAAGCUGACAGAGCCCUGCAAGACCUUCUGAAGGUGAUGCCACCACCCAAACUCAUGCUGCCUGGGCCUCCGCGUACUCUUAAUGAGUUAGUGUAUAUUUUUGCCCGGUUGCCACUUCCGGCUCCAGUUGGACCCCAAACCGCGACUCACGAGGAAGCCCCGCAUCAGCCAGAAGAUCAGAGGGUCCACCAGAAUGUAGAAAUCAAGGCUGUUGAGGGUCCAACACUGUCGUGUGGUGCCGAGGCCCUUCCGGAGGCUGCACCAUGCGCUAAACCGAGUUUGGCCCCUCCCCAGGUUCGCUCAUCACCGAAGCCGGAUGACUCUGCAGCCUCUUUGCCAUGCGCUCCUCCACCGCCGAUGCACUUAAAUACUUCCUCAAGUCAGCAACUGGAUCCUUCCGAAAUAGGGAAACCUGCCCUGAGGCCCACGAUACCACAACCUGUUGAGGGUGCCAACCUUUUCCAUUCUGCUUCUCUGACAUCAACCACAUCAGGACCGGCACCGUCACUCUCUGGAAUUCCUCCUCCUCCUCCUCCUCUCCAGAGAGCUAAAUCACCGCCUACACCACCAUCAGGGACGCGGGAGCAAACACCACCACCUCAGCCCAAGAACAGAGGCUACAGCUCAAUGACGCCGCCUAAAGCGUCCGAUGAUCACGUCAAAGGGAAAAGUGAUGACACAAAAGCCAGUAAAGUGAAGCGAUCGCGCUCGAUCGAAACUAUCAUGAGUUUUUUCCGCCGUGAGAAAGGUGAUCUCACGGAUCAUAAGAAGGCUGAAGUGACCAAGCCGAUGAUCCUAGACACGAAGCCGGUGCCUCAGUUCGACCAGGCCACAGGCCGUUGGAUGUUCCCUCAGUCUGAGGAGGACAAGGCGCGCGAGGCGCUGGCGAAGGCAGGGCCGCCGAAGAUGCCCCCUGGCGGGGUUGGCAGUAAAGGCCCCAAUAGAGAGACACCUUUUCCGCAACAACGGCGCGGCCCUGCAAAAAAAGCGCAGUAUGUUGACAUGUUUAACACUUAA